UUUCAGAAACAGACUAAAUAGCUUGCAUCAUACGGAUUUCGAGCCGAGAGGUUGUAAUCGGAAAAAUGGGAGUUGUAUACCUACACUCCUUCGUGAAACAAAAUGUACCCAACGGAUCAUUCCCGAUUAACAUCAAGGACGAGAUACGAGCGCACUACAACAAAACAAAAACACCACCCAUUAUCGUGAUGGAUUUGAUGUGUCUCGUGCGACCCUUCAUACGGGUCGACAAAUCGGGUCUCAUAUGUGGUGGUCGCUUUAACGAGAUGUCACGCCACAUGGACACCUUCUUCAGCGAAUUGGUGAACCUCGGCGUAAAGCUGCAUUUCUUCUGUGACGGCCCAGUUCGGAUGAUGAGCCCGGAGGCCUGGUGUAAAAGAGCGGACGACCGCUAUUGGGAAAUGAUCGAGCUGAUGGACGCCAUCGACAAUGGAGACAGUUUUGAGACCCUAGGCACAUAUAAGCUGCCUUUUCACUACGUAUCUGCGGUGGAACAAUCGGCAAUGAGACAUGGGGAGUAUCACUGGGCAACUGCCAGAGAAUGUGACCAGCAAAUGGCCGCAUUCGCGAACGAAGCUGGAGCACUGGCCAUCAUGACGGAUGACUCAGACAUGCUCAUCUAUGAAGGCUCGUGGCGAUUUUGGUGUGUCCAUGAACUGUCGGUCACGAAAUUUACUAUGAUGGAGUAUGACCGUGUAGCAUUGAGGGCACACCUUGGACUGGAUCCCGCCCAAAUGCCUUUGCUCGCAACACUAGUGGGAAACGAUUUGGUUGAUUCCAAAGCACUUGGAAACUUUCACCACCGUAUUGGCCACCGUGGGCACCGUGGAAAGAACAAUAUCUCCAACGUAGUCAUGUUUAUAAAAGAGCACAUGGAUCUAACAGACGAAAGAAUUCUCAUCGAAGCACUUGAAUUCUGCGUCAACAGACGGGCUCUCAUGGAACGUUUUCGAGAGAGUUUGGGAUGUUAUCGAAUGAACUAUCGAGCAUUCAACGAGAGAUACCAGCACGAUCCCAUCGAAACGAUUUUAAUGUCUCGAAAAAUUUCGCUAUUUUACCAGAUGUGGCAUAUGAAUAACAUCGAAUGUCCCACCCACAUGAUCGAUCUCCGGGAGGAACUGCUCGGCCAGGCAGUUCUACGACUCAAAAUAUCUCUGAUUAUCCGUAUGGGAGGAGUCAUUCUUUACCAAAGGCAAAUGCAACGGCGAAUGGUCGAUUAUUCCGAGUGCCACAUCAUGACCAAGCUGCAUCACACUGCAGAGUAUACAGUUCAUCACUACAGUGUCGAAUUCCCGCAUCGCGUGCAGCCUCCUUCUCUGGAGGAACUGCUUUCAAAUGAUCCAGUGUCACAACAAGACCUCCUGCAUGUUAAACAUAACCUAGUGUCUUGGAUCGUCUCCGACCGGCUUGACCAUUCCCUCCUGGAAGCGAUCCCUCUUUCAUUGCAGACCACCGUACUCACACUGUACUGCCUUGUGGAAAGACGCAUACUCAAGCUAUUCGAGGCCGAUCUGCUACUUCGGGUAGCAUACGAUGUGGCGUUCGACAGAUACGACCCAGAAACGAUUCCAUAUCCACGAACUGUGGCCAGACGGCCCUUCCGAGUUGCGUUCGUUUUCCAAGAGGUCCACAGUCGGAUUUCCGAGGCCUACAUCCUUGUUGGCUUAAGCAAUGAUCUCGUGGAAACUCCACCGUUGUUUGACGGAGUGCUCUUCCACAAUCGAUACGCCGAUUGGCAUAAUGGCCUGGAUCCGCUGCUCAUGGACGGAAUUGAGCAACUUCGAAUUUACUCAUCGAUUGCUGAACGUGAGGAAGCUUGAUAAAUAAGACCAGUGAAACAAAUCACAUUUUAACUCGUGAAAACUGUUAUGUUCAUUUUAAGCAUAUGAUAACGUUUAUGUAACAAUAAAGCAACUAUUGAAUUUGAGAGAAAAGUCUUCAUGUAAAUCUCGUUACCCACGACUCAUACCGGAAAAAAUCAUUUUGUAACUUGUUCCAUAACACUCUGUGGUAGGAGGGCGUUCAUAAACCAGUUUUGUAGACCAAAUUUGGAUCAUCUCAGACCCAUCUCUCUACUUUCGUUCAAACAACAAAUAUUGGCUGGUAAUUCUUCUCUUUCCUAGAUUUUACGGAGCGUCCUCUUAAGUGUGUCGACGAUUUUUUCCGCUUGACCGUUCGACUGGGGAUGGAACGGUGCAGUGCGGAAGUUCAUGAUGCCCAAGUUUUCGCAGAAGGAAAGAAUUCGUAGCUAGCAAACUGCGGUCCGUUAACGGACACAAUCGCCUUCGGUAUGCCGAAUCUGGCAAAGGUUCAAUCGUCAACACUGCUGAUAGUUGAAUCCGUUUGUCGGUCCGGCGUAGUCGACAUGAUUGCGCUCCUUCAGUGCACUAGCAAGGCUGUAGUUCUUCUAGUGGUGGAGAUGAAUGAACCGACAUGGCAUUUGUUCUAAAUAUCAGCGUAGAUAGCUUUUUCUUACUCCCCUUAACAAACGAAAAAAACGAGAAGGAUAAAAGAUAAAGCACCUGCCGCAGGUAAAGGCUGGGUAUGCUGAGCAAUUCAGAUCCCAUUGUGAUCCACUAGCCUCUGCCCAGCAACUCCUAUCCCUACCUCCACGCGGUACCGGCCGGAAACCUUAGGGAAGAUCGGGUAACCAACCCCGGUGGGAACUUUGGUCGUAGGCUGAUAGGGAAGGGGGGUUUGCUUCGGCAAACCUGAGCGUCUGUUCUCCAGGAGGAGCGGCUCACAACAGCGUCUGAUCCCCAUGUUAGGGGCGGCUGAUCUACGUCCGAGUGCCAGGGAAGGACUCUAAGCUCAACUGUGCACUAUGGUCCUCCGGAAAGUAGGGGGUUGGUGUCAGGCCCUACGAGCCAGCCGAAAAAAAAACCAUUGUAGCGGAAAAUAAGCAACAAAAAAAUACGAACCGAGACCAACGGCAACGACCCCAGCGAACAAAAAGGACUUGCGAUUGGAAGCUCGGUACGUGGAACUGCCGAUCUCUCAACUUCAUUGGGAGCACCCGCAUACUCGCCGAUCUACUGAAGGACCGCGGGUUCGGCAUCGUAGCGCUGCAGGAGGUGUGUGGUGCGAACGUUUAGAGGUAAUAAUACCAUCUACCAGAGCUGCGGCAACACACUCGAGCUGGAAACAGCUUUCAUCGUGAUGGGUGAUAUGCAGAGGCGCGUGAUCGGUUGGUGGCCGAUCGACAAAAGAAUGUGCAGGUUGAGGAUCAAGGGCCGAUUCUUCAACUUCAGCAUAAUAAACGUGCACAGCCCACA